AUGCCUUCUUUCACAUCUGACAAACAACAACAACAAUACGAGGAACCGCCAGCUCUCCCUCCGCCCCCUCAACACCCACUGCUGAUCCCAGAACUACGCGACCAAAUCACCGAACACUUCACCACCCAAGAUGUCAUCCACUGUCUUCUCGUCAACCGGCUCUGGAACAAAGUCUUUACCCCAUACCUCUACUACACCGUCAUCCUCCGCCAAAAGGCCCUCGAACGAGCCAAAGCCGACGGUGUCGCCUCUGCAGCAUCCUUUUUCCCACACUAUGGUCACUGGGUCCGACAUUUGGAUCUGAGAAUGAACGAUCCAGACGCGACGCUGGAUAUUGUGCGGGAGUGUUGUCCGUGGAUGGAGUCUGUAAAGUUGAACUUUGGGCGAUUGUUGGAGGAGCAGUUUGAGUUGUUUGUUCUUGGAAUUCAGUCACCGGGGUUGUUGGCGAGGUUUGGAGGGGCGAGGGAUCCGGUGCAGGUGACGACUUUGAAGCGGUAUAUGACUACCGCCUCACACGCCAACACAAGUGAUACUGUAGGGACGAAGCUGAUGACGCCACAACACCAGGAGUGGAGGAGACGGUCAGUCGGGACUGAACUCUCGACGGCAGCAACGGCAGCAGCUUCGGAUGACAAAGAUAAGCAGAUUCUGAGCUUAACCAAGGCCAGGAGGAACAGUAUAAACCCUUUCCCGACCCUUGUUCCUUUGACCUGGGCUCCAGCCUAUGAACACUCGAUCAUUGUUCCAACAGCCAUUAUCGUCCCUCCAGCCAUCACUGCCACUGACACCGACACCGACGCCAGAACCGACACAGUCAACACUACAGCACUUGAUGCAUUACUUUGGCACAUCCCCACAGGCCGCAACGGCUUCCUGUCCAACUCUAUAAAGAACCUCCAGCUUCAAGUCCCUGGUGAGAAUCUCUAUGCCGUCCUGUUGUGGCUAACCCGCGCAGGACUAGACGGCCGACUCCAGGGUCUACGGUCGUUUCGACUCUCUGGACAGGAAACAUCUGCAGUCUUUGGUGUCCCUUCCUCGGCGAUUCAUGAUUUCUUGGCUGCUCAUUCCAGGUUGGAGCAGUUGACACUUUUGUCGAUCCAGGUCGAGCCUGCGCCAUCAGAGAAUCCUUGGGACUGUUUAGAAGGAUCGGAGGGGUCUGAGAUGUUACAAUUGAUGGUCGAUUCUGGGUCCUCGCCUACACCAACCACAGCCAGUGCUCCGACUAAUUCUGAUUCAGGAGUAGCCACCAGGGGUGAAGGAACCGAGAGUGACACAAACCCAGAAGCAGAUGAAGAGGCGGCAGCGGCCAUGACGGCUAUCGCAGCAGCAUUGGCAGCAGCUGUCGCUGGCAAGUUUGCGCAACCAGCUCUCUACAAGGGGAUCCACUACAAGACCCACAUCCCUGACUACUUUGCGGACCUGAUUGCCACCAGCCAAUCGACCCUCGAGGAACUCAAAUCAGCCGACCCAGGGGCUACUCGAUCCAAGGUCACGGAGCUCCACAUUUUCCAAGACGGACAGCUCGGACCCUUACUCUCACGACUGCCGCAUCUCCUUCGUCUUACGACCGAGUUUUUCGAACGCAGUAGAAUCAGCCCUGACCUCUUGCUGCCCAUUCAAACCUCCUGCCGGUCCUUGGUCUCGUUCACAUACCUCGGCAAGCCCAGGUGUCCCUUUGCGGAUCGGUACCCUCGAAACAACCGCCCAUCUCCAGAUCCGUUCUUCACCCACUGGGAGUCGUUUAUGCAGGAACUGGUUCAUCUGAAGGAGUUGAUUCUUUUGAACGCCAACUUGAGGGAUGAGGAUAUGAGAAUCUUGGUGGGAUAUGGACAUGAUCGGAUCCGGGUGCUGAGGAUCAAGGGUGAGACCAGGUCUACUUGGCAAGGAGCGAGGAUGGUGUUGGAGAAUUGUUCAAAGUUGGAAGAGUGUACCCUGACUUGCUAUGGGCCUGUCGACGACCUCUUUUCGAAUUUCGGACACCCUGUCGUACUUUUCCAUCCUACCACCGCCACGGGUGCUAGCGAAGAAGAAAGUGAACCAGGCGAAAAUGAGGGACAACAAGAACCUGAACCGCCACAAGUUGUUGGUCGAUCAGAGCCGCCAGAGUGGUCAAGCAAGGACACCCUCCACAGUCUUUGUCUGAUCGGUAUGGUCCUGUACAACGACGAGGUCAACCGGCAGCUCUUUACACGACUCAAAAAACUCCAUCACCUCCAUGGGCUGACCAUCGCAGGACGUGGGGUGACACUAGAGGGGCUAUUGGGCGAGAAUCUUCGAGUGCUGGCAUUGGAGGAUGAACGCUUGGCGCAGGGGGAACUGGACGCGUGCCGACAGCGACACGAGGCAGAGUAUGGAGGUGGUAGCGAGGAAUCGCAGACGCCUGUUCCCUGUGCCACUUGCAAUCCCCCUGACUUCUCCAUUGGCAAUCACACCUGCAAGAAAAGGCGGAGUAGUUUGUACCCAGAUCUAGAGACACUGGACCUCCCCCGUUUGAACCAAAAGCUAUCGUCAAAGGACCUGAUCCAGCUGGUGAAGGAACUGCCCAAGCUCCGGUGGAUGGACUGUGGUGGAGCGUAUGAGCUCGAGACUCUGGUGUGGCUCGACACGCGUCGUCGUGAUCUGUCCAAGACCUUUAGUCGAUGA